AUGCAGUUAAAUCGGGAGGUGGCUGGGGAAAUCUUGGUCGGACAACUGUGUACUAAGCACAGGUACAAGCAAACAUCUAAAGGCAACAAGAACGAGGAAACUGGCCAACCACUUGCGCAGUCAAAUCGGGUAGGUGGAGGGGAAAUCCUAGUCGGAGAACUGUGUACUGAGCACAGGUACACGCAAAUAUCUAAUGGCAACUGGGGAAAAGGGAAACUGGCUGACCACCUGUGCAGUCAAAUCAAGCAAGUGGCUGGGGAAAUCAUUGUCCGACAAUUGUGUACUGAUCAUAGGUACACUCAAAUAUCUAAAGGCAACUGGGAACGGUGA